AUGCCCGCCAAAUCGCUCCAAAGGGUAUUCGCCAUAGGAGAUGCUAUCGCUUACUACUUCUGCCAUUGCGGCAGGUUUUGUUCCUCUCAUCAAGUGGCUACAAUAGUACUUGCGACAUGCCUUGUCUUCCUCAUGUGUUAUCCUGCUUUAGAAACAUACUAUAUAACGCCGAAGAAUGCAGUUGAACCUCUUUUCUGGGAACUACAAUCGGCGCGAAGAGAAGUUUCAGAAGAAUUAUUCAGAGAAAAGUGUUCGGGAACACAACCUCCUCUGCACGUUGAGCAGAUAAUGAUUAACGCUACUGAUGUAGCAAAAGGUGGAAUUCUAGAGAAAGAGCUGUUGUUGUGGUCCAUAAGAUUGAUGGACAAGAUUGCAAGUACAGAAAUUAUACAUUCAACAAAUGUUCAAUCUCCCUUCGGUAAUCAAAUCACAGCUGAAACGAGGGUUUAUAGACUUAAAGACCUAUGCUACAAGCCAUUAGGCGGUAAUGAAUGUUUAGUUCAAUCACCCCUCAGUUUCUGGGACAAUAACGAGCAGACGUUACUUUCAGACGUUAACAUUAUAAAAACACUUCAAAAUGCUGGUGAAGUAUCGUUGCAUGGCAUUCCGAUGCCGUUGACAUCGGUAUUUGGCGAUAUUGUAUAUACAAAAAGUACCAAGAUAAAGGGUGCUAAAAGUAUCAUCUUGACGUAUUUUUUGAAGGAUAGGACGAUGGAUUUGUGGGAAAAGAUAUGGGAACAGGUGACGAAGAAUGGAGGAAUAUGUCCCGGUGGCGGAACAUUGGUUGAUAGUGUGGAUUUGCGUGUUGAAAGUGAAUCGAAACACCUGUAUUUGCAGUUCAACAAUAAUCCGUAUGAUCAUAAGGCGAAGGCGGAGUAUAUCCUUCUUUUUCUUGGAUACCUGGUUGGCUUUCUCUAUGUUUCGCUCACAUUGGGCAGGCUUAAUUUAGUCAAAUCUAAAUUUGGCCUCGGAUUUGCUGCUUUAGCCCAAGUGUUUGCCUCUCUCACGGUUGCUUUGAGUAUAUGUUCUCUGUUGGGAUUCAAGUUGACAAUAGUGCCUUGGGAGAUAUUACCGUUCAUGAUUAUGAUUAUUGGAGUGGACAAUAUUUUUCAGCUGACUAAUGCGGUGACAUCAACUUCAAUGCAAUUACCAGUGGCCGAACGUGUAGCUGCAGGUAUUCUUAAUGUUGGACCUUCUAUGACAAAGAGACUUUGCGUUGAACUGAUUCUUUUGCUAAUAUGCGCGGCGAUAAGUGUUGAUUCGGUUCAAGAAUUUUGCCUCUUCACUUCGCUUUCUGUGGUGAUUGAGUAUAUACUACAAAUGACGUUCUUUGUCGCCACAUUAUCUAUCGACAUACAAAGAUUAGAGAUGGCUGACUUGUAUAAACGCCAGCCGCGUUACGAGGAAGUCACUUCUAAUAGAAAUGUUCGAGCGUCAUCUUCACGGAUAUUCAAGAAGGGGCGAACUGUAGGCCUAAUUACGGUAAUUCUCGCAAUAAGAAUCCUUACUAGAUUCUAUCCAACCCAAACUGAAUCUCCCGCAACACUAUACGAAAGUGCCUUCACUACCGAAACUCCGGAAAUCAGCAACAAGUUCUACGAGACAUCUGCUACAGAUAUGGCAGACAGCUUCUGGCGAGCAGUCAAUCCGAAUAAAACUGAUCAGUGUCUCGAAUUAAGAACAAAGUACAUCACGAUUCAUGGACGAAAUAAAGAUGCAAUAAACGACAAUGGGCCGCUAAACGCAUGGACGCAGGAUUUUGUUUUUCGAUCACAACAAAUGCUCAAACACAUAUUGAAGAGCAUUACCACUAUUGUCAAGUAUAUCAUAGCACCUGCCGCUGGUAUAGCCAUAGGGAUAUCAUACCUUGUAGCCUUCCUUCUGUCUACAAACAAUGGCCACGAACAGGACAAUGGGCGUAGCGUAAGGAAGACUUCAUCCAUGAACGACCUGCAAGACCUCCGACUCACCACUCCACGUGUAGUCACUCUGCGUGGCAGACACGCUGCCGAUGUGGACCUUCUUUGUGCUGGAUCCAAUGGAGUAAUUAUCUCUACCAGUGCAGACAAACGCAUAACGUCGUGGGAAGGACACCAUGGUAGCGUGUCUAUGAAACUCGAACGCUAUAUGCGCAGGUGCGAAUCAUGUAAAUGUGGCACAACAAAAGGAAUGAAACAAUGCAUCGCAUGGCCUGUGAGGGUUUUAUGUACGAACGAGACUGUAGAGUUGGCCGCUGCUGGAUUUGAAGAUGGAGUAGUGAGGGUAUGGGACAUACAAACUGGACAAGCCAUGCACAUUUUGAAAGAUACUGUCGAUGAUGUCGAGUCUGUCAUACCUGAUGACACGAAAAAUCGUUUAUCUAAAGAAAGAGUUACAUGCUUGCAGUUUUUAACCACACAACCUAAUCCUGCUGACUCUCCAACGACUUCGACGUCAUCACAGUCUGAGAAAACCGCGUUACUUGCUGCUUAUAGGGAUGGAUUUGUUCGCGAGUGGGAUUUAGAAUCUGGUCAGAUGAUAUAUACAAUUGCUACAAAUCAGAAGAGUGGUAUAAGCUGUCUUUGUAUUGAUAAAUCCGUUGACAAAGAUUUGAGACUAUUCACUGGUGCAAGAGAUGGUUCCAUAAGGUGUUGGUUGGGGAGAACUAAUGCAGAUGAUAUCGUGGACGUCGAACCCACAGGUCGAUGGAAGCCUCUUUAUACAUUAGUCGGACAAUAUAACAAUGCUAUAACAUGUAUUGCGACAAAAAUAGCCAAUACUAAGACGUCAUGUUACGGCAUUGUGGUCGCUGGUGCCGCAGAUGGUGAAGUAAGAGUUUAUGAUUGCAUUUCUGGUAAUCCAAUAGCCACGUUAAGUCAAGGUACUCUGACCAAACAGCAGAAAGUGAGAAAGCGUGAAGAACAAAAGAAGCAACAGUUAGCAAAGGACCAACAACAGCAUCUAUUAACACAGCGUACAGAAACUGCUGAAGUUGCAAUCACAGAUACAAGAUCAACCACCAGAAACUGUUCAACAACUACGUCAAUAUGCUUCACAUCUACAACGACAACAGAAGAUACGUUUCACCAGGGUGCCAUUAAAUCUAUUAUUAUUCAUCUCUUACAAGGAGAAAAGUGUUUAUGUGGAAGAACGGAUUCUGGGGAGUUCUGGGUAAUAACUAGCUCCUUGGAUGAGAAGGUGAAUUUUUACAAAAUCGUCAAGGACUCAAUGGAUUGUUCAUGUAUGGCAUUGCAGGUCAAUGAAGAGACUGUCAUCUCCAAUGGCUCUGAACAAAACAUUAGACAGAUAGCUACCCAGAAGCAAUCAUCUCCAAAAGGACAUACGAAUCAUUAUCGAAUAAAGACAAAGCAAGCGAUAGAUCGUUGGGAUGGUGUUGGCUCUUACCGCACCAAAUUAAUUGGCCGUGUCAGCCAACCCGGCGGUUGUUCUAUAGUCUUACUUCGCGGUAAUAUAAUAGGUGUCCGACGCAUCAAAAGAAUCCUUUCCACCUCGGCUACACGAAAAUCUCACGGCGUGGAAGGCGAGUGGGAAGUGUGGAUGAAGGAUUUGAAGACUUGUGAGCAGGAUUGUCUGGAGAAUGAGAAUGGUGAUGAUCUGACAGUGAGGACGAUGAGUCUAGUGGAUGAGAAGGAUUUGCUGAUUGAGGAUAUACGGAGGAAGAAAGAAGUGACUAAAAAAAAGAUGCAGGGGAACCCCGGAGAGAUGUCUGGGUUUGUUAGGAGGCGGCGAGUAAUAUCUAUGAAUGUAAAAAGUCAGAAUGGGGCGUCAUCCUCCAUAAUGCCUUCUUUAGGCCAAUCUUGCUCUCACGACGAUGAGCAUCACCACUCUCAAGAUGAUGAGCAUCAUCACUCCCACGAUCAUCAUGAUAAUGACCACAAUUCUCAUACCCAUGAAGAAGGUCAAGUAGUUGAUUUUCGUCAAAAACCGCGCAUUCGUCGUCCAAACAUCGCGUAUUCCACAAAGUCUGUUGGCUAUAACGAAGAAGAAGAAAAGAUGAAUGAACUCUUGCCAUUUGCGUAUAUUAGACAAGUGGUGAAAAUCGGAGAGGAUGGUGUUUGUAUAGCUUAUGGCAACUUUGUUAAAGUUGUUUGGUAUGAAGAUGAUAGUAAUGAUGGAAGUUGGUAA